AUGCCAUUUCUCACUGCGAUCCAGUUAGCAGCCGGAGAUGUCCCAGCUCAGGUGUUGCCUCCACCAGCCACUCUGGCUGAAAAACCACCUCAGCAAAAUGCCCCACCACCUGGAACACCAUGGGGAUAUGUCCGACUUGCCAUUAUGGAUGGUAAAACAAUUGGUCAUCGACUAUGUGCUCUUGAUGAUUGCAAAGAAGACCUCAUAAAUUAUAAGAAUGGAAGAUUUUGCAGGACUCACAUCAACCUGAAAGAUAUCUGUGGAAAUUUCGGGCCAACUCUGCAGGUCCAGCAGCAUCUUCCAGCACUCAAUAAUACACCGGGACCCAAGGUUGUUCACACCUUUCGCGCACAGACUGUGUAUUGCCUACAAACAAUCCAGUGGGCAUGUGGUGUUCCGAUUGGCUGGGGAAAGUGCUAUAAAUCUGAGAGUGCUCCUCAGGUUUUGGCAAUCUUGGAUCGUGUCUGGGUUAAUUACCCAGAUUUACGCCCAAGUUUCCUCGCAUAUGACGACGCAUGUGAUCUACUUCGCCAUGUCACAACCCAGGAUGCACAGAGUCUGUGGCUCAAGUCAACAAAAUUUAUUGUUGAUGCAUGGCAUUAUAUUGGCCAUCGAGCUACUGAUUUAUUGUGCUGCAUAUGGUGUAAUCCGGCUCCAACCAACGGCUCGCAACCAGACUUGGUCAUAACGGAAGUAGACGAUGCAGGAGCAACCCAUACCACCCGUGCAUUUAACACAGAAACAGCUGAGCAACUCAACUCCUGGUUGGAUGGCUUUGAAGCACAGCUUCGGCAGAUGUCCGCAACUAACUAUGAUUUUUUUGUCCAUGUUCUGAUGUUGGUUUACAAGGAGACAGUAGAGGACCACAUUUUACACAAGGAUCGUGACCUCUCAGCAGAGUUUUGGAACCAAGCAGCUGCCUAG